AUGGAUAACUCAGCUGAAAAUAAUGAUGUAGAAUGGGCGAUCGGUCUAAAUCGUUUUAUGCUGAAAAUUGUGGGUUUAUGGCCGCAAGGAAGUAAAAAUCAACGUGAAGAGUUAUCGUCUAAAUUUCGAUUGUUCUUCAAUGUCAUCACGUUGAUUUUUAUAUUGACAAUACCGGCUUUAGUGUCGCUGAUAAGGGUGUGGGGUGACAUGAUACUAGUGAUAGAUAAUUUACAAUAUACUUUGCCACUUUUGAUAACGACGCUAAAAGUCUUCAUUAUGUGGUACAACAAAGAAGCUUUAUCGCCAUUAAUUAAAAUGAUUGUGAAAGACUGGACAAAAAUAAAAAUGAAAGAAGAGAAAAGUGUCAUGUUAAAGCAAGCUAAAAUUACUCGUUUUCUCGCCAUGUGCGGAUUAUUCAUGAUACUUCUUACACUUCUGAUCACUCUCAGCUCUAUGUUUUCCGGACGAACACUUAGAUACGUGACAAAUCUUACCGAUCCUGGAAGGCCUUUGGCAAUUCAAGUCUACUAUCUGCACGAUACAUCCAACAGUCCGAAAUAUGAGUUAACGUAUCUGGUGCAAAUGGUCGCGCUGACCACAUCUGGUCUCUCUUACACAGCAGUCGACAACUUCCUUGGAUUACUAAUUCUGCAUAUAUGUGGUCAAAUGGAGAAUCUACAUCUUUUUCUAUCUAUGUUCAUAUUAACUUUCUGUCUUAUUUUUGGAUUCCUAUUUCUAGAAAUUAUGGCAAUCUCUGACAAAAUACAUCGCGCCACAUAUGAGUAUGUAUGGUACACUCUGGAACCGAAAGCAGCAAGAAAUUUAAUAUUAAUCAUGCUUCGUGCAAAGAAACCGCUCAAUAUUACUGCAGGAAAAACAUUUCCGAUGACAAUGGCUACAUUUUGUAAUUUACUGAAAACGUCAGCAGAUUACAUAUCCGUGUUACUUGCCAGACGAGCCAUUGCCAGAGAUCAAUGA